AUGGAGGCAGCCGACGACUUUUACGACGACCCGUUUUCUUCGAGACACCAGAAGCUGCUUUAUCAGACCGGCUCUUUUACCGGCUACUACGCCGGUCCGCAACUCGGCAGCGGUUAUCUCAAUGCCGCGCGCAGCUUUCGGCAGCCGUUUUGCGGCAAUGAGGAGGGAUGGGGUCCCCUGAGCCCCUUUCGUUAUGACUUCACUCCCUGCUUUAUCGACGUGUGGGUGGCGACAGUCGCAGUAUUCGGUAUCUUGGCCGGAACAGCUGCUGUCUGGUGGUUGUUGAAGAAGAAGCAAUCGGGCCCUGUGUCAAAGGAUUGGCAUUUCUGGACAAAGCAGACUCUCCUCGUGUUUAUCAUUGCUGAUGUUGCCGUGCAAUUGGCCCUCCAAAUCUCCAACUUUCCGGACAUCUGGUAUGGGGACUUCCGGGUCUACACGACUGUGGCCACAAUUUUAUCGCUCUUCGUCGUCUUUACCAUCCAAUGGCUCGAGCACUCUCGCUUGAGGAAUGCAAACGGCGUAGUUCUCUUCUACUGGCUGCUGCUCCUGAUUACACUGUCCGUCAAGCUCCGGUCGUUGAUCUCGCAACAGAUAUACGCUACAAGCUUGCCCUACUUUGUCACCUACUGCGUCGGCUUUGGCCUUUCGGUGGCCGAGUUCUUCUUCGAGUGGCUAUGGCCAAAGAAACAGGAUGCCUAUUCUGUGCUGAUCGAAGAGGAUGAGUGCCCGGUUGAACACGCGACCGUAUUCUCCCGUCUUACUUUCUCAUGGUUAACACCAUUGAUGAAGCAAGGCUACGCUACCUAUCUCACCGAAGAAGACCUCUGGGCCCUCUCCAGGACAGAUACGACCAAGGCCACGGGCGCUGCAUUUGAGAAGGCCUGGGAGUAUGAGCUGGAGCACCACAAGAAACCCAACCUAUGGCGUGCCCUGUUCCGCGCAUACGGAGGGCCCUAUAUCCUCGCUUCCUUCUUCAAGAUCGGCAAUGACAUUUCCCAGUUCACCCAGCCGCAACUCCUGAGGUUCUUGAUUGCCUUCAUCUACUCCUAUAGAAUCGAGGAACCGCAGCCUGUCAUCAAGGGUGCUGCCAUCGCCCUAGCCAUGUUUGCAGUUGCUGUGUUCCAAACUACCAUGAUCCACCAGUAUUUCCAAUUGGCUUUCGUCACCGGUAUGCGCAUCAAGAGCGGCCUGACAUCAUCCAUCUACAAGAAGGCUCUCAAGCUUUCCAACGAAGGCAAGUCUUCUAAAACGAUUGGAGAUAUCGUGAACUACAUGGCUGUGGACGCUCAGCGUCUGCAAGAUCUCACUCAAUUUGCUCAGCAACUGUGGUCAGCUCCCUUCCAGAUCAUCAUCUGCAUGGUCUCUCUGUACCAGUUGGUCGGAUGGUCCAUGUUGGCUGGUAUUGCUGUCAUGAUUAUCAUGAUUCCAGUCAACGGUGUUAUUGCGCGCUAUAUGAAGAACCUGCAAAAGCAGCAGAUGAAGAACAAGGAUGCGAGGAGCAGGCUGAUUGCCGAGAUCGUCAACAAUAUGAAGAGCAUCAAGCUCUAUGCUUGGGGUGCUGCCUUCAUGAACAAGUUAAACUACAUCAGGAACGACCUGGAGCUCAAGAACCUCCGCAAGAUUGGCGCUGGUCAGGCCUUUGCCAACUUUACCUGGUCCUCUACUCCGUUCCUUGUCUCGUGCUCGACAUUCGCUGUCUUUGUGCUCACCGGUGAUCGUCCUCUGACGACAGAUAUUGUAUUCCCGUGUCUGGCGCUGUUCAACUUGCUCACAUUCCCACUGGCGGUUCUCCCCAUGGUUAUCACUUCCAUUAUUGAGGCCAGCGUAGCUGUUAGCCGUCUCACCUCAUACCUCACUGCAGAGGAGAUUCAGCCUGAGGCUGUCAUUGUCAAGCCCCCUGUUGAGCAAAUCGGUGAGGAAACGGUUCGGAUCGAGGAUGGUACUUUCUCUUGGAAUCGUCAUGAGAACAAGACUGUCCUCAAGGAUAUCAACUUCAAGGCUGCCAAGGGAGAACUCACCUGCAUCGUUGGCCGCGUUGGUGCUGGUAAAAGCUCGUUCCUUCAGAGCAUUCUUGGUGAUCUGUGGAAGGUCAAGGGCCGUGUUGAGGUUCAUGGAACCGUUGCUUACGCGAGCCAAUCGCCCUGGAUUAUGAAUGCUACUGUUCGUGAGAACAUUGUCUUCGGCUAUCGUUUCGAUGCGGAGUUCUACGAAAAGACGGUUAAGGCCUGUGCCCUGCUGGACGACUUUGCCCAACUCCCAGAUGGUGAUGAGACUGUUGUUGGAGAGCGUGGUAUCUCUCUUAGCGGUGGCCAGAAGGCUCGUGUUGCUCUGGCCAGAGCUGUGUACGCAAGAGCCGAUGUCUAUUUGCUGGACGACGUCUUGUCUGCUGUCGACUCUCAUGUUGGACGUCACAUCAUCGACAACGUCCUCGGCCCGAGAGGUUUGCUCAAGUCUAAGACAAGGGUUCUGGCCACCAAUUCUAUUCCUGUCUUGGUUGAGUCAGAUUACAUCUGCAUGCUGAAGGAUGGCGAGAUCGUCGAGAGGGGUACCUACAAUGAGCUCCUUUCGAACAAAGGUCUGGUAUUUGACCUCGUUAAGACCGCGGGCAAAGGUGACUCGACUCAGAACUCCGGCUCUGCUACCCCUCGCGAGAGCGAGAGCGAGACAUCUACGGUCAUCGAGGCGUCAAGCAAUGGCCAAGACAAGGAUGAUUUGGAAGAAACUCAAGAGGGCCUGAGCGCUCUCCAGAGCAUUCGUCCGGGACCUAGCAGCUCUCAGUCGAAGCCACGUGCCGACAGCAUGGCGACGUUACGGCGUGCCAGUGCUGCCAGCUUCAAUGGGCCUAGGGGCAAGCUCCACGAUGAAGAGAAUCCGAACAGUCGGACAAAGCAGGCCAAGGAGCACUCGGAACAAGGCAAGGUCAAGUGGUCAGUGUAUGCCGAGUACGCAAAGACGAACAACCUUGUUGCCGUUACCUUCUACCUGUUUGCUCUCAUCGCUGCUCAAACAGCUAAUAUUGCUGGAAGCGUGUGGUUGAAGGAAUGGGCCGAAACAAACACCUCUGUUGGCGGCAACCCUGAUAUUGGGAAAUACCUCGGCAUCUACUUCGUGUUUGGCAUCGGUGCCGCCGCUCUAACCGUUAUACAGACACUUAUUCUGUGGAUCUUCUGCUCCAUUGAGGCAUCUCGCAAGUUACACGAGAGAAUGGCCACCGCCAUUUUCCGGUCGCCUAUGUCCUUCUUCGACGUCACGCCAGCCGGUCGUAUCCUGAAUAGAUUCUCAAGCGACAUUUACCGUGUCGAUGAGGUACUGGCCCGUACUUUCAACAUGUUGUUCAACAACUUGGCCAGAUCUGGCUUCAUCCUGGGCGUCAUUUCGGUGUCAACGCCGCCUUUCGUUGCGUUGAUUUUCCCAUUGGGCGCCAUGUACUACUGGAUUCAGCGGUACUACCUGCGGACGUCUCGAGAGCUCAAGAGAUUGGACAGUGUGACUCGUAGCCCGAUCUACGCGCACUUCCAGGAAUCUUUGGGCGGCAUCUCUACAAUUCGAGCCUACCGCCAACAGGAUCGAUUCCAGCUCGAGAAUGAAUGGCGCGUCGAUGCCAACCUUCGGGCUUACUUCCCGUCCAUCAGCGCUAACCGUUGGCUAGCCGUGCGACUCGAGUUCAUUGGUGCUGUUGUGAUCUUGGCCGCGGCCGGCUUCUCCGUUGUCUCGGUUGCCAGCGGUGCCCCCUUGACAGAGGGUAUGGUCGGUCUAGCUAUGUCGUAUGCUCUUCAGAUCACGACGUCCCUCAACUGGAUUGUUCGUCAGACGGUUGAGGUUGAGACCAACAUUGUUUCUGUCGAGCGUGUGCUUGAGUAUGCUCGACUGCCGAGCGAGGCUCCGGAGAUCAUACACCGCAGCCGUCCUCCAGUCAGCUGGCCGUCUCGUGGCGAGGUCCAGUUCAACAACUACAGUGCCCGCUACCGCGAGGGUCUUGAUCUCGUGCUGAAGAACAUCAACCUAGAUAUCAAGUCACACGAAAAGAUUGGCGUUGUGGGACGCACUGGUGCCGGCAAAUCGUCACUGACGCUGGCGCUUUUCCGCAUUAUCGAGCCUGCUACAGGCAACAUUUGCCUUGAUGGGCUCAACACCUCGACAAUUGGGCUCCUGGAUCUCCGCCGGCGCCUGGCCAUUAUUCCCCAGGACGCUGCGUUGUUUGAGGGCACUAUUCGGGACAACCUUGACCCAGGUCAUGUCCAUGAUGAUACCGAGCUCUGGAGUGUUCUAGAGCACGCCCGGCUCAAGGAUCACGUCGCGUCCAUGGAGGGAGGCUUAGAAGCUAAGAUCCACGAAGGAGGUUCCAACCUCUCUCAAGGCCAACGCCAGUUGGUUUCCCUCGCGCGCGCCAUGCUGACCCCGUCUAACAUCCUUGUUCUUGACGAGGCCACGGCCGCCGUCGACGUGCAGACAGACGCCAUGCUUCAGCAGACGCUACGUGGUCCUUUGUUCGCUAACAAGACUAUCAUCACGGUCGCUCACCGCAUCAACACCAUCCUGGACAGUGACAGGGUUGUGGUGCUUGAGAAGGGAGAGGUUGUGGAGUUUGAUACGCCUAAAGAGCUGGUUAAGAAGCGUGGGGUUUUCUAUGGGCUGGUCAAGGAGGCUGGGUUGUUAGAGGAGUUUGAGAAAGGCGAGACCGGGGGGAAAGCGGGGCAGGGGAGCGAUGGCAAGUAG